ACAGGAAGGUGCUCUGCGGCGUUCAGUUGUGGUAAUACUCUCACUGAUUUUCUCUUCCAGCUUACCCGUGCAGAGAGGUCCCGUGCGGAGAUGGAAGUCGAAUUUAUGCGAAUGCGGGCUGAACAUUCCCAGUUCCGGGAGGAACUCGCCAAAUACCGGACGAAUCCUCAAGUUUAUCCUGUGCAGCAACCUUCAAGAGAGCGCCCUGACCGAUCCGUAACGUCUAUGAGCCGACGAACCUCACUCUCCCAUUCUGCUCAUUCCGUACAUUCCCCCAGCACUCGUACCGAUGCGGCAUAUCUUCAUUCUGAGACUGAGCGGUCAAUCGAUACUUCUCCUAGUAUCUCUACCGUUCUCGACGAAGCCCGGCCUAGAAGAACUACUCGCCCGUCAGUUGUCAUUCCUGGAGCACCCGAGUACAAGAAAAUUAUCCCCCCUCUGCCCGCUCCUUUCACGUUCCGUGAAUUUAAUCCGACCUCAGCCUCCAUUAAUUCACGGCCUCCCAUGCCUCCCCCCGUUUCAUCGAGGUCUUCUGCACGUGUCGUUGAACCGGAUCUGGCAAUGCGCCCCGAUGUACGGCAAACUUCCCAGCGCUCCGCUAUUGAAGCUCAGACCUCGUCAUAUGAUCAAGUCACGCCCAGGGCCCCCACGAUACCACACCAUAACCGCAGUCCUCAGUAUGGCUACAUUCCUGGAGUUGGCUAUGUUCCCACGUCACCUCCUGGAGAACGUUCGCUUGUCUCGGAGCAGGACAAUACCCAAACUCCCGCAGCUGCUGGACUAAUGUUAUAUAGCCAGGGAUCUCAACAGGUCGAUGUUACGAAUACUAGAACAGUCGAAGGCGCAGCACGAGCAAUGGCUAUCCAAUCUGGGGAGAUCGAAACUCACGAAAGUACCUGGGGACAUGUCUAUCAUGCUCUGGUUUCCCGUUCUAAUCCGUCUUCAUCGUCCCUUCGAACUGCCCACGCCGACUCUUCUCUUCAACCUAAUGCAUCUACACCAACUUCCGCAACUAGUAAUCUUAAUGGUCUUGGUAUCUCGUCACCCCCUGGUCGCACCUCCGGAUCGCCUGCACCGGUGAUUCAGAGGCGAAGUGAUGCUUCUCCUGAACCUUCUGCUGCUUCGUCUUGGGGCACUGUAUCUAGCGCACGUAGUUCUCGUGCGUCUCUCCUAGAAGAACUAAUGAGUUUACCUGGAGCUAUCGCGAAUUUGGAUGUAGUUGCGAGACCUUCUGCUUCUCGACACUCCAGCAUAUCAGACUUGCGAUUAGCUGGGCUGCCUGACCCCACGUUCGGUGACGCUGUCGACAAUGACGGCAGCGGCCGGGAUACUCCCAGACUACACUCGGACCGACCGAUUCGUCCCUGGCCUGGUUCAGACCCUUCGUUGCCACCUCAGGGUCCAUCUCAGAGUUCCGACAAUACAUAUGCCUUGGCUUCUCGCGUGAGCCUGGCGCACGACUCAGGCGAUAUCUCACGUGCUCUCGAACCAGCGUCUGCAUCCGCUGGUAUUGGACUUAUGCUCGCCAGCAGCGCUUCUACCCAUCAGCAGGUCUCUGACCAAGAUGACCUACAGCACGUCAACCGCUCGCUGAUGCAACUUGUCGCCGAGGCACGAAACAGCCGCAGGCGGUCGCGGCCUAUGUCGCUCGCAAGCGCCGAUGACCGCGCAGAGUUCCACAGCGAGUCGUGGGAGAUUCGUGCGCAAAACGUCGGCGCCGCACUGGGGCCAGAUAACGGGUCUGUUGCGCAGCGCUCCGCCGGGUCGCUCAACCCCGCGCCUUCCUCAGGAGCGCGUGACGGCAGGGACCCCAGAUCGGCGCUGCGACAGAACACCGUGUCAUCCACGUCCCAAGCUACCGAUUCUGCACGACGCAGACGUCAUUCGAAUGUGACCUUCGCGUCGCCUCCACCGCUGACCUCCUCUGUCUCAUUCCACAGCGAGCGGCAAGUUCUCUCGCCUGCCAUAGAUGAUCGUGUACCGAGCAGGCCGCAGAACCUUGGCAGCUUCACACAGUCGAGCAGCAGCAUGCUACUCGAUGGCAGCUCUCUCUUGCUGUCCAUGCCGCCGCCUGGACCAAGCACCUCUACCGCCACGACGUCGACCGGAGAGCCAUCCUCGAUCCGUGCUCCGCGGCCCGUCAGUGGUCUCGCUACGAACAUCUUCGCUCUGUGGGGCUCUCGUAAUACCCGCUAAUUGUACCCCACGACCCUUCCGUCCACCAAAUUAUGCUCUCAGUUAUUGCUCUACAUGUCUGUUUAUGCUAUACUAAUCGUCUGGUGUCCUGCUAUCUGUCCAUAUUAUACAGCCUCCUGUCCAUUUUGCUUUACAUAGAAUAGUACCUAGUAGCUUUUACUUGUUCGGAGCCCCGCUGUACAUCCAUAUGUCGCACGUCCCUGCUAUGUAGGUUAUCUCGCAUCAGUCCGACCAGCCCGGCUGUACAGAAACCAUUCAACGUCUGUCCACACAAAGGC